AAGUCACCACCAAACUGGGUGUGCAAAAAAAAGAAAGAAAGAGAGAGAGAGAGCAGUUUAAUUCAAGUCUACGAAACACCCAACUCCAACCACAACUCCUCACCCCCCAAACUGUCGGCACCACCAAACCCCCAGAUCACCCUCAACCUCUCGACAUCCCUGAUUCAAUGUCUGCCCAAAUUCCCAAGAGCUCAAGCUCAUUAUAGUCAAGUCACUUUAAACUUGGGAAGAUAUUAUUUUGAGGCAUUGGGGUAGUGUAUACUGGUACUACUAGUAGAGAGUUUAGUUCAAUGUUGGUCCAAGAGCGCAGCAGACCCAAGUCCCCUAAAUUCUCCAACACCAGAGCCAACCUCGAUUUCUCCCCCAACCUCGAUUUCUCCACAUGGUUUUCCGACAACCUAUACAAGAUCGUCACCGUGGUGGCCCUCAUCGCCACCGUGGCGGCCCUCUUCGUGCUCCGGAACAUCGGCGACACGGCGGCGCUGCUCUGCUUCCAGACCCAGGCCGCCGAAGCCGUGGAGAGGAUCCAAAUGCCGCAGCUGGAGGAGAAGAGCGUCAAGCGAGUCUUCGACAAGGCGUCGCCGUACGCGGCGUUCCGAUCUGAGAAGUGGGUGGUGGUGUCGGUGUCGGAGUACCCGACGGAGCCGCUCCGGAAGCUGGUGAAGAUCCGAGGGUGGCAGGUGCUGGCGGUUGGGAACUCCAAAACGCCGUCGGAUUGGAGCCUCAAAGGUGCGAUCUUCUUGUCCCUUGAGCAACAAGCUGGGUUGGGUUUUAGGGUUUUGGAGUAUUUGCCUUAUGAUUCUUAUGUUAGGAAGACUGUGGGGUACUUGUUUGCGAUCCAGCACGGUGCCCGGAAAAUCUUCGACGCCGAUGACCGUGGGGAGGUUAUUGAUAACGAUUUGGGGAAACAUUUUGAUAUAGAUUUGGUAGGUGAGGAGGGGCAUAGGCAAGAGACUAUAUUGCAGUAUAGCCAUGAGAAUCCGAAUAGGACUAUUGUGAAUCCCUAUAUACAUUUCGGCCAGCGCUCCGUUUGGCCUAGAGGUUUACCGUUGGAGAAUGUUGGUGAGCUUGGUCAUGAGGAGUUCUACACUGAGGUUCUGGCUGGGAAACAGUUCAUACAGCAGGGGAUAUCCAAUGGGCUACCGGAUGUGGAUUCGGUGUUUUAUUUUACGCGAAAAUCGGGGUUGGAAGCGUUUGAUAUUAGGUUUGAUGAGCAUGCACCGAAAGUGGCAUUGCCGCAGGGGAUGAUGGUGCCGGUGAAUUCUUUCAAUACGAUUUUCCAUUCGCAUGCGUUUUGGGGAUUGAUGCUUCCCGUUUCGGUUAGCACAAUGGCGUCUGAUGUGUUGAGGGGGUAUUGGGCGCAGAGGAUUUUGUGGGAAGUAGGUGGUCAGGUUGUGGUGUAUCCACCAACUGUGCACCGGUAUGAUAGAAUUGAGGCGUAUCCGUUUUCGGAAGAGAAGGAUCUUCAUGUGAAUGUAGGACGUUUGAUUAAAUUUUUGAUUUCAUGGAGAGCAAGCAAGCAAAGAUUGAUUGAAAAGAUCCUGGAGUUGAGCGUUGCUAUGGCAGAAGAGGGGUUUUGGACUGAGAAGGAUGUGAAGUUUACUGCUGCUUGGCUUCAGGACUUGAUUGCUGUUGGGUACAACCAACCAAGAUUAAUGUCAUUGGAUUUGGGUAGGCCACUGGGAAAUAUUGGUCAUGGGGAUAGAAGAGAAUUUGUUCCUCAAAAGUUCCCAUCUGUUCAUCUUGGAGUUGAGGAAACGGGAACUGUGAACUAUGAAAUUGGAAAUUUGAUCCGAUGGAGAAAGAACUUUGGGAAUGUUGUCCUUAUUAUGUUCUGCAGUGGUCCUGUGGAACGUACUGCUCUUGAAUGGAGAUUGCUUUAUGGGAGGAUAUUCAAAACUGUGAUCAUGUUGUCAGAAUCGAAGAAUCUAGACCUUGCUGUUGAAGAAGGAAAACUGGAGAAUGUUUACAAGUACCUACCCAAAAUAUUUGAUCGAUAUUCUGGUGCAGAUGGGUUUUUAUUCCUUCACGACGACACUAUUCUUAAUUACUGGAAUCUUCUACAAGCAGACAAAAACAAAUUAUGGAUCACAAAUGAGGUAUCCAAGUCUUGGACCAAGGUGUCACCAAAUGACAACUCAGAUUGGUUUUCAAAGCAAGCAAGCAUGGUAAAGAAGGUUGUUAGCAUGAUGCCAGCUCACUUCCAAGUCAGUUAUAAGAACACCAUACCUAGUCGCAAGAGCUUCAUAGUAUGCAGUUCUGAGAUAUUCUACAUCCCUCGUCGCUUCAUAUCUGACUUCGUUGAUCUUGUUAAUCAAGUGGGAGAUCUGGAAAUCCAUCACAAAGUUGCCAUUCCGAUGUUCUUUCUAGCACUAGAUUCACCUCAGAAUUUUGACUCGGUGCUAAGCACAAUGGUCUACGAGGAAGAAUCAGCUUCUACUAAUUCUUCAUCCCUUUAUUCAGCCCAAGUGCCUGCCGUUCACCCAUGGAGUGUGUCAAGCGAACAAGAUUUCAUAAAACUAAUAAGAAUAAUGGCAGAAGGUGACCCUCUCUUAAUGGAGUUAGUCUGAAGGUAAAUUCAUCUCUUUUGAUACUUACAAAAUACGAAGAAAGGGAGUAAGAAAGAAAUGUGUACCACUUUGUUAAUUGUCAUACGAACCAUCUUUUUAUUUUUCUUUGAGGGAGGGCAUGUUUUUAUUUUUUUCUUCUUUAUUUUUGGUUCUCUGUAGGUUUACAUUUUACCAUUCAUUACUGAUUGUAGAUGCCCCCCCCACAAGAUGUAUUCAUCUCUCUCUUUUUGCUCGUGAAUAUAUGAAACAGAAUUGUGUAAUCAACAGUGAGAAUUUGACCUGUGUACAGCUGUGAUUAAUUUAGUAGAAAUGUGAUUGUUUAGAGGAA